AUGUCACCGAUAUCGAACAAGUUAUCCGUCUUCAAGACUAUUCCGGAGACCUUUCCUGAGGCCGGUGUCCACGUCGUUGUUGAAGACCGUCCCAUUGAUAUCGACACCGUCUCACUGGGCGGCGGCAUCGAGUCCUACAUUCCACCCUUCGUUAUUGAUGAGCCAGUUGCCUCUGCAAUCGUUGAUAAGGUCAUCUGGUCCGAGACGCCCGCGUUUCAACCAGGCGAUAUCCUCUCCUCCUUCGCCGGUCCCAAUGCUGAGUACGCUAUCGUCGCACAGGGCCUCCUACAAACAGCAGGGUUCAGAAAAGUGCACAAUCCCAAUAACAUGCCUUUGUCGUAUUUUAUCGGCUUCCUCGGCAUGCCGGGCUCUACCGGAUCGGCAAACCUCAGCGAGGCGAAACGAUCUUCGUAUCGUCGGCUGCCGGUGCCCGUCAGCAGCAAGGAGAAGGUUGAUUAUGUUAAAUCGAUUGGGUUUGAUGAGGCUUUCAAUUACAAGGAGGAAAGCCCUCGCAAUGCGCUCAAGAGGUUGGCAUCUGACGGUAUUGACAUUUACUGGGACAAGGUCGGCGCCGAACACCUGGAGGCAGCUUUAGAUAGCUGCAAGAACGGCGCGAGAGUUAUUGCUUUCGGCUCGAUCAACGAUUAUAACCGCAAGCCUUACGAGACUUAUGGUAUUAGAAAUACCUAUAAUCUCAUUUCGAAGAGAAUCCGAAUGGAAGGCUUCAUUGUCGAUCUCUCGCCGAAAAAUUAUCAUGACAUGCUCACCAAGCUGGCGCCACUCUUUGCAAUUGGCCAGAUCCAAGGAACAGAGGAUGUUUACAAUGGGAUUGACAGAGUUCCGGAGGCCCUGGUUGGUCUCUAG